GCUAGGAACAUAGUGAAGCGACCAAGAGGUGCGAAGAGGAUAGCGGAGAGGAUAGCGGUUCCCGAGAGUAGCGGCGAUGACGAGGUGUCAUCGUAUAGUGAGGCGACCAAGAAAGCAAAGCGGCAGUCGAGUUUGAUUAUUAUAGAAGUCAAGAAGUGGCGCGAUUUUGAAUAAUGGAUUCAAAUAAAUUUAUGCUGUUGGAAAAUUCGUCACUGAAACUCUGGUAUUUGAUGAAAAAUAAUGAAAAUAGAAGAACUUGUAGUGUUCAUGAAAUCAAUAAAUCCAGAAAAUUACAUGGUGAAUUUCAUCACUUGUAUGAGGAAUUACGCGAGCAUCCAGAAAAAUUUUAUUCAUAUUUUCGUAUGAAGAUUGAAACGUUCGAUUACAUUUUGGAAAAAAUUGAAUCCAAAUUAAUGAAAAACUGGACCAAUUUCAUUCGCGACCCUAUCACUCCCACAGAACGUCUGGUGGUAACUUUGAGAUAUUUGGCAACUGGAUCAUCUUUCAAAACACUUGGUUUCACUUUUCGAAUGGGUGCCUCAACUGUGUCAUUAAUCGUUCGAGAAGUAGUGGAAGUUAUCUGGAACACGUUCCAACCAGUACAUAUGAAAGUUCCUACUGAAAAUGAUUUUGAAAAUAUUGCGAAAGAAUUUUAUGAAAGGUGGAACUUUCCUAAUUAUCUGGGGGCAAUUGAUGGAAAACACAUUCGUAUAAAAUGUCCCCAUCACUCGGGAAGUAUGUUUUAUAAUUACAAAAAUUUUUUUUCGAUUGUGUUGCAAGCUGUUGCUGAUGCUAAUUACAAAUUCACAAUAAUUGAUGUCGGUGGAUAUGGAAAGCAGAGUGAUGGGGGUUCAUUCCGAUCUUCAUCGCUUUUCCAUCUGAUGGAAAAUAAACGUCUACACAUACCUGAGGAUGCUAUGUUACCUUUAUCUGCAAUAACUGUACCUUAUGUUUUCAUUGGGGAUGAAGCUUAUCCUUUACUAAAUAAUUUAAUGAGACCAUUCAAUAGGAGGAACUUAGAUGCCGAGAAAGAAUAUUUCAAUAUGCGGCUUUCACGAGCCAGGCGUGUAGUCGAAUGUGCAUUUGGAAUUAUAAGUGCCAAGUUUCGGAUUCUCUGGAAACCAAUAGAAACAUCUCCAGAGACAGCAGAUAAGGUGAUAAAAUGUAUAUACAUUUUGCACAACAUAAUUAUCGACAAGGAAGGAAUUUCUAUUGAUGAUGAACAACUUCCAUCACAUCACAAAUUUGGGGCACAGCGCGAAAAUAAUAGACCAACUGCCGCUGCUUCUUUAAUUAGGGAUACCUUUAAACAUUAUGUAUGUCGUAAUAAAAUAUAA